GGACCUUAUAGGACUAAGAACCAAGCGAGUGUGAACAGAUGCUGAGUGCCUCAGAAGGGGAAAUGAAGGGGUCUUCGCCGAAUGAUUUCAGUCCAGAGAGCGUUCUAGAGGCGUCCGCGUAAGUAGAGUUUUUCCUGCAAACAAGUUCACUGAACGUUAGAUCAUAACCACGUCUUUCUUCAUCGGGGUUGUUGGCUGCACUUGAGGCUCUCGCAAUCCCCGACCUACUCGCCCUUUAGGCGCCGCGCGGCGACUUCUGGGAAGCGCCGCCUCCUCUCAGGGGACUUCUCGGUCUCCCCGAGCCCCGCAGUCUGACCCGCGCAGACCCGCUCCAGCAUGGCUGAGGCAGUGCACGCCGCGACGGAGCUGCUCUUCUACGUGAACGGCCACAAGGUGAUAGAGAAGAACGCCGAUCCUGAAGUGAUGCUGUUACCAUAUCUGAGGAAAAAGCUCCGACUCACAGGAACUAAGUAUGGCUGUGGAGGAGGCGGCUGUGGUGCCUGUACAGUGAUGAUAUCACGAUAUAACCCCGUCACCAAGAAGAUAAGACAUUAUCCAGCCAACGCCUGCCUGCUCCCCAUCUGUUCUCUGUACGGUGCUGCCGUCACCACAGUCGAAGGCAUAGGGAGCACCCGCACCAGGAUUCAUCCUGUUCAGGAGAGGAUUGCCAAGUGUCACGGAACCCAGUGUGGAUUCUGCAGCCCUGGGAUGGUGAUGUCCAUCUACACACUGCUGAGGAACCACCCGGAGCCCUCUCUGGAUCAGUUAACUGAUGCCCUUGGUGGUAACCUGUGUCGUUGCACUGGAUACAGGCCCAUAAUAGAUGCGUGUAAGACUUUCUGUAAAACUACUGGCUGCUGUCAAAGUAAAGAAAAUGGGAUUUGCUGUUUGGAUCAAGGAAUAAAUGGAUUACCAGGAUUUGAGGAAGAAGAUAAGACAAGUGCAAAACUCUUCUCAGAAGAGGAGUUUCUGCCAUUGGACCCAACCCAGGAAUUGAUAUUUCCUCCAGAGCUAAUGAUGAUGGCUGAGAAACAACCACAGAGGACCAGGGUUUUUGGUGGAGAUAGAAUGAAGUGGAUUUCUCCAGUGAGCCUGAAGGAACUUCUAGAAGCUAAAGUCAAGUAUCCCCAGGCUCCUAUUGUCAUGGGGAAUACCUCUGUGGGACCUGAAGUGAAAUUUAAAGGUGUCUUUCACCCAGUUAUUAUUUCUCCUGAUAGAAUUGAAGAACUUUGUCUUGUGAACCAUACAUAUAAUGGGCUGACCAUAGGUGCUGGCCUCAGCCUGGCUCAGGUGAAGGACAUCCUGGCUGAUGUGAUCCUGAAGCUCCCAGAAGAGAAGACACAGACACACCGUGCUCUCUUGAAGCAUCUGGGAACUCUGGCCGGGUCACAGAUCAGAAGCAUGGCUUCUUUAGGUGGCCAUAUCAUGAGCAGACACCUAGAUUCAGACUUGAACCCUCUUCUGGCUGUGAGCAAUUGUACCCUCAACUUGCUUUCCAAAGAAGGAGAACGGCAGAUUCCUUUAAAUGAGCAGUUUCUCAGAAAGAGCCCCAAAGCAGACCUUAAGCCUGAAGAAAUCGUGAUCUCAGUAAACAUCCCCUACUCGAGGAAGUGGGAAUUUGUGUCAGCCUUCCGACAAGCCCAGCGGCAACAGAAUGCACUAGCGAUAGUCAAUUCUGGAAUGAGAGUCUUCUUUGGAGACGGGGAAGGCAUCAUUAGAGAGUUAUCCAUCUACUAUGGAGGUGUUGGUCCAACCACCAUCUGUGCAAUAAAUUCCUGCCAGAAACUCAUCGGAAGGCCCUGGAAUGAAGAAAUGCUGGAUGCAGCCUGCAGGCUGGUUCUGGACGAAGUCUCCCUCCCAGGCUCGGCCCCAGGUGGGAGGGUGGAAUUCAAGAGGACUCUCAUCGUCAGCUUCCUCUUCAAGUUCUACCUGGAAGUGUCACAGAUUUUGAAGAAGAUGGACCUUGUUCACUAUCCUAGCCUUGCAGACAAGUGUGAAAGUGCUUUAGAAGAUAUCCAUUCCAAGCAUCACUGGAGUAUAUUGAAGUACCAGGAUGCAGACCCGAGGCAGCUUCCUCAAGAUCCAGUUGGCCACCCCAUCAUGCAUCUGUCUGGUAUUAACCAUGCCACAGGUGAAUCCAUCUACUGUGAUGACAUGCCUGCCGUGGACCAGGAGCUCUUCUUGACUUUUGUAACAAGUUCAAGAGCUCAUGCUAAGAUUGUGUCUAUUGAUCUAUCAGAAGCACUCAGUGUGUCGGGUGUAGUGGACAUCAUAACUGGGGAACAACUUGGUGGCAUAACCGUCUUAAACUUUGUAGGCGAUCCUGAGACACUUCUUGCAACAGAUGAGGUACUUUGUGUGGGUCACCUUGUCUGUGCCGUGAUUGCAGAGUCUGAGGUUCAGGCAAAGAGAGCUGCUAAGAGAGUGAAGAUUGUCUACCAGGAUUUGGAACCACUGAUCCUCACAAUCGAGGACGCUAUACAGCACAACUCCUUCUUCGAGCCGGAAAGGAAACUAGAAUAUGGAAAUGUGGAUGAAGCAUUUAAAGUGGUUGAUCAAAUCCUUGAAGGUGAGAUACAUAUGGGAGGUCAAGAACACUUUUAUAUGGAAACCCAAAGCAUGCUUGCAGUUCCCAAAGGAGAGGAUCAAGAAAUGGAUCUCUACGUGUCCACGCAGUUUCCUAAAUACAUACAGGACACAGUUGCCUUGACCUUGAAGAUCCCAGCUAAUAAGGUCAUGUGCCACGUGAGGCGAGUCGGUGGGGCCUUUGGGGGGAAGGUCUGCAAAACCAGCAUCAUGUCAGCUGUCACUGCAUUUGCUGCUCACAAACAGGGCCGUGCAGUCCGCUGCAUUCUGGAACGAGGAGAAGACAUGUUAAUAACUGCAGGCCGUCACCCUUACCUUGGAAAGUACAAAGUUGGAUUCAUGAACGACGGCAGAGUCCUGGCCCUGGAUGUGGAGCAUUAUAGCAAUGGAGGCUCCUCCCUGGACGAGUCAGUGGUGGUGAUAGAAGUGGGAAUUCUGAAAAUGGAUAAUGCUUACAAGUUUCCCAACCUGCGCUGCCGGGCCCGGGCGUGCAGAACCAACCUUCCAUCCAACACGGCUUUUCGUGGGUUUGGCUUUCCUCAGGCCGGACUGAUCACCGAAUCCUGUAUCACAGAAGUUGCAGCCAAAUGUGGUUUGUCCCCUGAAAAGGUCCGAACCAUAAACAUGUACAAGGAAAUUGAUCAAACACCCUACAAACAAGAGAUUAAUCCCAAGAGCCUGAUCCAGUGUUGGAGAGAAUGUUUGGCCAUGUCUUCCUAUUCCCUGAGGAAAGAGGCUGUGGAAAAAUUCAAUGCAGAAAAUUACUGGAAAAAGAAAGGGCUGGCCAUAGUCCCGCUGAAAUAUCCUGUUGGCCUUGGCUCAGUUCCUCUUAGCCAGGCUGCUGCCCUGGUUCAUAUUUAUCUAGAUGGUUCUGUGCUGGUGACUCAUGGUGGAAUUGAAAUGGGGCAGGGGGUCCACACUAAAAUGAUUCAGGUGGUCAGCCGUGAGUUAAGGAUGCCGAUGUCAAAUGUUCACCUGCGUGGGACCAGCACAGAAACCGUCCCUAAUGCAAAUGUCUCUGCAGCGUCCGUGGUGGCAGAUAUCAACGGGAUGGCAGUGAAGGAUGCUUGUCAAACUCUUCUAAAUCGCCUUGAACCCAUCAUCAGCAAGAAUCCUCGGGGCACUUGGAAGGAUUGGGCAGAGGCUGCUUUUGCGGAAAGCAUUAGCCUUUCAGCUACUGGAUACUUCAGGGGUUAUGAGGCUAACAUGGACUGGGAGAAGGGCGAAGGUCAUCCCUUCGAAUACUUUGUUUUUGGAGCUGCCUGUUCCGAGGUUGAAAUAGACUGCCUGACAGGUGAUCAUAAGAACAUCAGAACAGACAUUGUCAUGGAUAUUGGCUGCAGUAUAAAUCCAGCCAUUGACAUUGGCCAGAUUGAAGGUGCAUUUAUUCAAGGCAUGGGACUUUAUACGAUAGAGGAACUGAAUUAUUCUCCUCAGGGUGUCCUGUACACUCGUGGUCCAAACCAAUAUAAAAUCCCGGCCAUCUGUGACGUCCCCACAGAGUUGCAUGUUACUUUGUUGCCUCCGUCUCAAAAACCAAAUACCCUAUAUUCGUCUAAGGGUCUGGGAGAGUCUGGGGUGUUCCUGGGUUGCUCUGUAUUUUUUGCAAUCCACGACGCAGUGAGGGCAGCACGGCAGGAGAGAGGCCUUUUUGGUCCGUUGAAGCUCAAUAGUCCUCUGACCCCAGAGAAGAUCAGAAUGGCCUGUGAAGACAAGUUCACAAAAAUGAUCCCAAGAGAUGAACCUGGAUCCUAUAUUCCUUGGAAUAUACUCAUAUAAAUCAAUUGCAAACUUCUGGAGAAAAUGAGGUGGCUCCACUGACAGCCAUCUAUCCAAUCCCUAUACUCUAAGAUGCUAGAUGUGAAAGAUAGAUUUUGACAGUCCAGAAAUCAUUCUAUAGUGUUGCUUUCACAUGAAGCUGAUUUGAUAUGUUCCAUUUAGAUUUUGAUAGAUAUGCUUAAGCAAUUUACAAAUCAUUCUUUAAGUUUUAUAAAUACUAACUGAUUUCCUCUAAAAUGAUAUUCUCCAUUACUUUUUCUCUCAUAUCCAUCCAAUUGAGUGAAAUAGAAGAUGAUAACCUGUAUGUGACUCACAUGUGGCUUAUAUCUACCAAUAAAAAUUAUACUGAGUAGUAAAAGUCAAUUUUAUAAAUCAUUUCACUAUGUGAGCUGUAAAGCUGUCAUUUAUUUAUUUUCCCCACCUGAUAUCAUCCUCCUUUUCUUUGUCAGAAUGGAUUCAGACACUACAUAAGGAGUUUGUGAGUCCCCCCCC